AUGCUGCCCCCAGACCCGUCCUUACCCAGCAUCCCGCUCGACGUGGUGGACGAGAUCUUACAGCAUUUAUAUCCAUCUGGAGUCUUCCAUAGCGAUUCAUACGCUGACUUCCUCGCGGGCAAGGAGGCGCUUGCCAGGUGCGCAUGCGUGUGUCGCGCUUUCCAGACACCUGCAGUGAAGGUCCUAUGGCGAGAACAAACCCUGACGAACGCUUGUGGCGCUGUCCUACGGGAGUUCACAUUCGCUUGUGUUAAAGGCCCGCUGGACGCGGACGAUGAAGACGGCGACGAAGGUGAUGAUGACGACAACGAGGACUGGCCUGUCGGUAUCGAUCCGGACGACCAUCUGUACACCUACAACUAUCUACCGGGACCCAUCUCACCUGAGGAAUGGUCGCGCUUCAAGUACUAUGCACAGUUCAUCCGCGUCCUCCGAUACACCUUAGACGAGAAGGUAGACUCAUCUGUCUUAUUCUAUCUCCAUCAACACACCCACGGCGAGCCGCUCUUUCCCAACCUGCGCAAGCUUGAGUGGUGUCAAGCUGUGCCCGACCUCGUUUCUGUCAUAUCGCCGACGAUACAAGUCCUCUGUUUGCGCGAGGAAUCCGGAGAAGAGGAGAAUUAUUGCCAGCCGCACGAGCUCGCGUACCGCACCAGGCGGCACGCACUCAAGACGCUCCUCCCCGGAAUCCUCGGUAGGAUGCCUGACCUGCAAGAACUCGAGAUACGGCCUUUGCACCAUGAGGGCUUUUGGCUGCAACUCGCGUCGCUUCCUGGACGUCGAUUUGCUACCCAGAGUAUCCGCGUUCUCCAUAUCUCGGAGUCCCUCGACGUCCUGUUGAGCGGUGCCCUCCCUGCCAUCUCCACUAGUCAAAAUCUCCACGAGCUCAGGAUCGAUGUCCUCACCUAUGAAGACGAUGCGUACCCGCCCGCGACGCGGCGCGAGUGGAGCAAGGCGUCCAUCCGCACAUUUGUGGAACUGCGGCGCUUACGUAUCGAAGGCUCGGUUUCGGAGACAGCAACUCUCGUUGAUGUGAUCAUCGCGCCAGAGCUCGAAGAUAUAGAGCUACACCGCAUGGCUCAUUCCGAUUCCGAGUCCUCUGGUAUUCCAGCUCUACUUCGCGCUUCCCUUCACACACUGGGUACACGCAACGCAGGAUCUUUGCGGAGAGUCAAGUUGGUAACGUAUGGCAGUGCGUCCGAUAUGGCGUUCUCCGAACUCAUUAGACCAUUGCUUCCACUUCGCCACCUCGAUGAGCUCGACAUUGAUGACCCUGCUGCCAGAGUCAUCGACUCCUCGGCACCUACCAUGCUAGCGGCUUGGCAGAUGCUCGAAAAACUGUCCCUUGCAGUGAUGGUGUUGUCGCCGGAAAGGCUUCAGGGCAUAGUGCGCAACUGUCCUCGUCUGAAGAGACUGAAGGUGCUGCGCUUGUCGAAGGAUUUCCCCCUGAUACCUCCAGUUACAUCGAACGUCUCCGAUGCACCAGAUUCAAGGGGUAUCGAACACGGUCUCGAAGAGUUGUGUGUCGUCAGCCCCUUCAAGGUGACAGAACCUGCGGGCAUUACAGCGAUCGCGAGGUUUCUGAACAAGCUCUUCCCCCGGCUUCGUCCCGAGCGUUGCGUGGAUACUACGCAUACAACGGACGGCGAUGGAGACUGGGAUAGGGUCCUACAAGAGAUGGCGAACCUUCGGUUGAGCGGAUAA